UCGCUGAGAAGUUGGGUCGAAGUUUGAAAAUUUAAUUCUGUUCGACCUAUCAUCACAAAUGUGAAAUUAUUCAUUUGAAUUUUUUACAAAAAAGUGAACAAUCGGAGGGUAACGAUGGCGAACCAUCAUCACAAGUCGUCUGAAAUAUCGCUUUUAAAUUUUUUUGUCUUCAAUCCUUUGCUGGGCAGGAAAGAGGGCGAGGAACAUAAGAAACUGUUGUACUUUCAUCCUUCAUCCACUUCUUUAGAUGCCAAAAUCAAAGUUAUCGGCCUUUCUGAAGCCAUCAUCAGAUUUAUGGAGACAUUUACAGAGUCACCAUGUGAAAGCCUACAUACUCAAAAAACGCGACAGUUGUACUUCAGACCAGAAAAUGAUUUCUGGAUUGUAAUGACAAUAAGCAUUCCAACGAUACAAAAAAUAACGGAAAAUGGUGUAAAAAUAGAAUAUAUGGAUGACCACGUCAUAGACAAAACGUACCAAGCAGUUCUCGAAAAAUCAUACAGCAUGUUCAAGUUGUUCAAUGGUUCCAUUUCACGAAUCCUGAGUCACUCUGACAUGGAAGCAUUGAAGGAUAGGUUGGAACAUUUCUUCAACAAGUACCUUCCAACGUUGAGACUGAACCAGUCAGACAUCCUGGAUGUGUUUGGAGGCAUCCACUACCUGCCCCUUGACAGAUGCGUCUACUUGAAGACCCUCAGCUUGGUCAACAGGCUGGAAUAUGAAGUGAAGGAACUGAAGCAUACUGUGAUUCUGUACAACUCACGACUUGUUUGGACUGGUAUUGAGCAGGAUGACAUGAAAACCCUGUACCAUUUCCUGGUCACCAGCUUGUACCCUGCUGUCAUGGAGCAAGAUUUUCAUCCUUACACAGCUGCUCCAUCCACAACGUCGUCGUCGUCAUCAUCAACAUCAUCAUCAACCACCACCACCAAACCUGGCUUGAGGGUGGGAAAGUUCAUUUUGGGCCCACCUGACAUCAGCAACAACCACGACCUCGGCCAGAUGCCUCAGGUUCACCUGUCAAAUGGUACCCUGUUGUGCAACCUUGCAGUCUACAAAAUCUACGACGCAGUUAUCUGUCUAUUCAUUGAUGGCAAUGUUACUCCCCCCUUCGAACUCUUUGUUAGACUGGACCGCUACUUCCACGACAACAUGGAAGAGUUGGCCAACGAGUUUGCCCAGUACAAAAUUAAACGACUCGUCGGUGCCCCCACGGAAGCCAGCAUAAAGUACGUGUACUUCAACAAAGCCAACCUGGCUCAGAAGAGUUGCAUGCAUUCGUGGGAUGGCGUCGUGUUGAAUGUCAGUCCUGACGUCAUGAGGCUCGUCUCUGCCAUCAACCUCGACAUCAACAGUGCCUCAGAGACGGUUGAAGAUUGUGAGACAGUAGUGAAGAUUGCAAACGACUGUUGGGUGGUUGGCAAGAGGUCAGACCAGCGGGAGGUCUACGUCAUCGUCAACCAGAAGAACGCCAACCUCAUCGACAUCAAUGAGGAAGUGAACAAAUUGUGCGCCACCUUCUUCAACGACAUAUUCUUUCUCGACUGAUGGAUGGAACAUCCAUAGCCCAAUCCAUCACUAACUGUUUCAUUUCAAAGAGAAAAUCUUUUACUAACAUUUCUUAGCCGAGUGCAUGCAUUUUGAAAACAUCGUUUCAUUUGUAACCAAAUUUUUACCUAUCUCGUUCAUUCAUUUAUUCAGAAGUUGUUUGUAAAUUUAUUCAUUUCGAUGAAUUCUUUCAGUGAAUAUUUUCAUGAUAUUUAUAUUAUAUAUCAUGUAUAUAUAUAUAUAUAUAUAUAUAUAUAUAUAUAUAUAUAUAUAUAUAUAUAUAUAUAAUAAUAAUUUAUAUAUUUAUAAUAUAUUCGUUUUCACAUUUUCAUCGGUCAUCGGAAUGCGUUUUCGUACAUUGUUGAUAUUUUAUUUUCUCGACUUUUAAAAUUAAAAUUACUCAAAAAACAGUCGAUUAAUUAAAAAGUUUCAGUUUCGUUGUUUAGCUCAUCCAACUAAAUCUCAAUUAUUCUUUUGAAAUUCAAACACUGAAUAAAGGAAAGACGACGUGAACCAAAUGCCAUAAAAAUUGCAGAUGUAGGAGAUGUGAAUUUUUAAUAGAAACGCACCGAAGGUUCACCUGGUCAAACAUUUGGUCAAAAUUUAGCAUUCGACUAAGGCCUCUUUUUCUUUUUUGGGAUCUAAAACAAUGAUUGUUCAAUAUUAUUAGCGUGAAAUUUAUUUUUGCCCUCAUAAAACAUUUGAAUUUAAACAAGAAUUUCAAUAUUAUCCCUAUUAAGAACUGUUGGAUUGCCAUAAAUCGCCUACUGAUUUUUCUAGAGCUUGUUUUCCAUUUUGAAAAAA